AUGCCUCGAAGGCGUUCCAGGUCUUCGUCCCGGAGGCGGAGGUCGAGGGAGAAGGCCAAGGAGAGAGGCCGCAAGAGGCGGAGGUCCAGCUCGAGCAGAAGAUCCGUGGAGGAGCUGACUCCAGAGAUGCUGGAGGCGCAGAGAAAGCAGAAGGCAUUGGAAGAGAAGCUGAUCGAGGAGGAGGUGUGGCGCCGCUACGAGGCCGAGCUGCAGAGUGCCCUAGACCAGCGCUUGGCCAGCACCGAGUUCCGGGAAAUGGUGAAGGUCAAAGUUGACCAGGAGCGCACUCGCCUUGAGGAGGUAAUGCUGAGAGAGGUCGAGGAGGCAAAGCAAGCGAUCCUGGAGGACGUAACUCGCAAGCAGAAGGAGGAGGAGGAGAAGGAGAGAGCAGAGGAGGAGCUUCGAAAGAAGGAGGCCGAGAAGGAGCAAGCGGUGAAGCAAAAGCAGCUUGAGGCGCAGGCCAAGCUGGACGAGCAGCGGCUAAAGGACCUGGAGCAGCGGCAGGAGGAGCAGCGGAAGAGGCGCGAUGCCAAGGUGGCGGAGGAGGCUAAGAAGGUGGCAGAGACCUCUCGGCUGCUCAACACCCAGGGCCAGCGCCAGUCUGUGGGCUUCAAGCUGAAGCAGAACAUCAUCUGCAGACCGAGCCGGCUGGGCUUUGCAGUGGGCUGGCCGGAGCCUCUGGGAAGUUUGGGCUGUUUGGUCUGGAUGCCGGCCGAGCAGCAAAAGCUGAUCCACCAGGGCAAGAUCCUGGAUGACAAGAGCCUCGUCAAGGACAUCGGCAUCAAGGAGGGCGAGUUCGUGGUUGUGAUGUUAUCCAAGGCCAGUUCUUUCAGCUGGCGAGAAAUAUGCGGACUCGGAGUCGACCCACCAACUUGA